UGCUGUUGUGUUGAACAUAAAGCCAUUUUCUUGUUGGUUGGAGAGUGACUGGGAUGUGCUGAAACACAUCAGACAGAGUUGUUAUAAAGGAUUUUUGAAGAGUUUUUACCACAAUGAGUUCAAUUGGAACUGGGUAUGAUUUGUCUGCCUCCACCUUUUCCCCUGAUGGAAGGGUGUUCCAGGUGGAAUAUGCCAUGAAGGCAGUAGAAAACAGCAGCACAGCAAUUGGGAUACGAUGCAAGGAUGGGGUUGUGUUUGGUGUCGAGAAAUUGGUUCUCUCCAAACUUUACGAACAAGGCUCAAACAAGCGUAUCUUCAAUGUCGACCGUCACGUAGGGAUGGCAGUGGCUGGACUACUGGCUGAUGCUCGAUCCCUGUCUGAGGUGGCCAGAGAGGAGGCCUCCAACUUCAGAUCCAACUAUGGACACAAUAUCCCACUGAAGCAUCUCUCAGAGAGAGUGGCCAUGUACGUCCAUGCCUACACGUUAUACAGUGCGGUGCGGCCGUUUGGAUGUAGCUUCAUUUUGGGCUCUUACGAUCAAGAUGAUGGUCCUCAGCUGUACAUGGUUGACCCCUCUGGAAUCUCAUAUGGUUACUGGGGAUGUGCUAUUGGAAAAGCCAAGCAAGCCGCCAAGACAGAAAUUGAAAAGCUUCAGAUGAAAGACAUGACCUGCAGGGAGUUGGUAAAAGAGGUGGCCAAAAUAAUCUACAUUGUACAUGAUGAAGUGAAAGACAAAUCGUUCGAGUUGGAACUAAGCUGGGUUGGAGAAGUGACAAAUGGAAAACAUGAGCUGGUUCCAAAAGACAUCAGGGAGGAGGCAGAGAAGUACGCUAAGGAUUCCUUGGAGGAGGAAGAUGACUCUGAUGAAGACAACAUGUAAACUCAUUUCUGUGAUUUCUCCACCCGUCACACACCUACUGACAGGAUGGCUCUCCAAGAGGCACAAGUUGUUUUGUAAUUAAUGGACCAUUCAUGUCAUUUCUUCCCUUUUUGGGUUUGAUGGAUUUCAGCCUUGAAAUAAAAGUUGAAGAUAAGCACUGUUUAUACUAAAA